GCGCCAUAUGUCUCCUUCAUUGUGCCCUGUCCCACCUUACAGACAUUGCUAAACUAAGCUAGCUGUCAAUCCACUCAGCAGCAUCACGCCAGGGACACGCCAGGCUCUGCAGAUUCCCCUUCCAAACACAUUAGCAACGCACAAUGGCUGUCCCUCCUUCAUACUCAGACUUGGGCAAGUCUGCCAAGGAUAUAUUCAGCAAGGGCUACGGCUUUGGAGUUGUGAAGCUGGACCUAAAGACCAAAUCACAAAGUGGAGUGAUGGAGUUCAACACAUCUGGCUCCAGUAACACAGACACAGGGAAGGCUGCAGGAAGCCUGGAGACCAAAUACAAGAUGAAGGAGCUGGGUCUGACCUUCAACCAGAAGUGGAACACGGAUAACACACUGGCUACCGAGGUCACUGUGGAGGACCAGCUGACUGAAGGACUGAAGGUUGCUCUGGAUACGUCUUUUGUACCAAACACAGGUAAGAAGAGUGGAAAGCUGAAGACGGCCUACAAGCGUGAAUUUGUGAACCUGGGCUGUGACGUGGACUUUGAGGGUCCCAUCAUCCACGCCGCUGCUGUGUUGGGCUACGAGGGCUGGCUGGCCGGCUACCAGAUGGCCUUCGACACGGCCAAGUCCAAACUGGCCCAGAACAACUUUGCUCUGGGAUACAGGGCUGGGGACUUCCAGCUGCACACCAACGUUAACGAUGGGACCGAGUUCGGCGGCUCCAUCUACCAGAAGGUGAACGACGAGCUGGAGACAGCGGUCACUCUGGCCUGGACCGCCGGCAGUAACAACACUCGCUUCGGCAUCGCUGCCAAAUACAAGCUGGAUAAAGACGCCUCUCUGUCUGCCAAAGUCAACAACGCCAGUCUGAUUGGAGUAGGCUACACCCAGAGCCUCCGGCCAGGUGUGAAGGUCACCCUCUCAGCUCUGAUCGACGGGAAGAACUUCAACGCCGGCGGACACAAAGUCGGGAUGGGCUUCGAGCUGGAGGCAUAAAGGAACAAAGAAGGAAACAAACCCCUGAACUACACCGCCACACACUCCUGUUCCUCCUCACACACAGUCCACCACGUCAAGUAGCCUGUUCCCCCCCCCCCCUCACCCCGCACACAGUUCAUGAGCAUUUCUGACAGUAAUAGUUGAGCCUCAGCAUCAUGCUUAAACACACCCGUUGUGAAGUUGUUCCUGAAACUGACGGCGUAUACUUGUGGAUAAUAACCAUUUUUAUGGUCAUUGAAGUGACAUUAUUUAUUUCCCUGUAGGUCUUUGGAUGAAGUAGUCGUUGGUGUAAAUGUGUGUCGCUUCUGUAUUCGGUUGUUUCCUGCCUUCCUAAAAGCAUGUCGGAAUUAAAACAUGGAUGCAGAGCCGAAAGCUUAUUUGCUUGGUCAAAAAAAAAGAUGCUGGGUGUCUGUUUGCUCUUUAGUGUUUUAUUGGUUUGAGCACUUUUGGCUGUGUUGUUACAAUCUGUGGACUAUUUAAUCCA